AAUGGUGUCGAGAUUAAAGACGACUAUGCCGACAAAAUUACCAAGAAGUUUUGCGCGAAGCUUGAAUCUCAUGAUUUCAGCCGAGCAAAUGAAGCUGCUAAGGUCAUCAACGACUUCGUGGAUGAGAGUACAGAAGGAAAAAUCAGGGAAAUUGUCAAGGCUAAUGCUAUACAAGAUUUGGCCUUGGAGAACUCGUCAAAAACUGGAGCGGAGAAAGAGUACAAAAUCUACU